GUGAGGCUGUGGCGGGGGAAGGCACCGGUGGGGCCGACGGGCGGGUUGAGGAGGGAAGCGAGCGAGCGAAGUCCCAGUGCGCGCCGCGGCGGCCCGGGUACCCUCCCCUUCCGGGCGUGAAGCGCUGAGAGGAAAGCCGAGCGGAGCGGACCUGCAGCGGCGGCAAGGUUCUGUCGUCCCAGCCCGGUCUCCCUAGGCUCCGGCGCUCCUGUCGCGGGGCCCGGGUUCCUCAGCGCACCCAGCUCCAGCUGCCCCCAGAGCCUGUCCCCAGCCCUUCGGAAGGCCCGGCGCCAGCCCGGGCUCUUGGCGGGGAGGAUGACGGAGCUGCAGUCGGCGCUGCUACUGCGAAGACAGCUGGCAGAACUCAACAAAAAUCCAGUGGAAGGAUUUUCAGCAGGUUUAAUAGAUGACAAUGAUCUCUAUCGAUGGGAAGUCCUUAUUAUUGGUCCUCCAGAUACACUGUAUGAAGGUGGUGUUUUUAAAGCUCAUCUCACUUUCCCAAAAGAUUAUCCUCUCCGGCCUCCAAAAAUGAAAUUCAUUACAGAAAUCUGGCACCCAAAUGUUGAUAAAAAUGGUGAUGUGUGCAUUUCUAUUCUUCAUGAGCCUGGCGAAGAUAAAUAUGGCUAUGAGAAGCCAGAGGAACGCUGGUUGCCUAUCCAUACUGUGGAAACCAUCAUGAUUAGUGUCAUUUCGAUGCUGGCAGACCCUAAUGGAGACUCGCCUGCUAAUGUUGAUGCUGCGAAAGAAUGGAGGGAAGACAGAAAUGGAGAAUUUAAAAGGAAAGUUGCCCGCUGUGUUAGAAAAAGCCAAGAGACUGCUUUUGAGUGACAUUUAUUCAAUAGCUAGUAACUUCACUUAUUUCAGGGUCUCCAAUUGAGAAACAUGGCACUGUUUUUCCUGCACUCUACCCACCUAUUGCUGGACUUCUGUUGUAACAAGUUGGCAAACACUGGCUGGAACUGGGCUGCAAUAAAACAUGCCAGUUAUUAAUGCUGACAAGAGCCUAACAAGUGCCAACUUACAGAGGAUUACGCGUUUUGAAUUCUAAUGAACUGUUUUAACCUUCAGGAAGAAUUGUAAAGACCUGUACAUAGCACAACAUGAUCCGGAUAAUAUAUAUACUGUUCAUGUACAUCCACAAAUACACCUUGUACCAAAUAAUGCUUUUCUUGUAGUAGAAUAAGAAUCGUGUAAAUUCUAAAAGAUUUUAGCAGGUUUUCUUUUCCUAUUCAUUGUUUAUCAGUUCAAAAAGAUUCCUUAAAGCAUGUCAGGUGAAAACCAAUUAGGAUUAAAAGUUUCCAUAUAAUUUCCUUUAAACCAUUGAGUCUCAUUAAACUCUUCCCAUUUACUAAACUUUUGUAUCUUCUUUGUUUUGACACACUUCCCCUUUCCUUUUAUCUCCUCUGUCUACCAGAAAGUUCUCAAAUCAUUUAAUUCAAAUACUGAAAUACCUAGUAAAUUACUUGAUUCCCCCCCCCCCCCAGAUGACUUCAGAGGAGGGUCAUCACUCGGUGCUUUGUCCUUUUUUGUAUUCCAGUUCACCCAUCUUUUGGAUUGGAUGUAGCAAUAACAUUUUCUGGCUGUUGAGCGCUCUUGAUAUCUUAGUCAUUAUCUCCUGAGAACUUUAGGGAAAAAAAAGGGAAAAAAGAGUCUGUUCUAAGUUCAACUUAGUGAAAUUUAUUCCAAACAAUUCAAAAUCCAGAUUUGGUUUUAUUUUUGCCCUUAAGUUGCCUAAUGUUAAGGUUGGAUGAAUAAAGCAUGCACAGCUACAGGCUUUCAACAUCUGGGUUUGUUAUUAGAAAUGCUGUCUGCCCUCAUACCCUUCUCCUUAUUCCUUCAUAUUUCUUCGCUUCUUUACUGCAGAUUUUCCUCACUUCUUGUAAAAAGAAAUGCGAUGUAUAUUUUCAUGUAAUUUGAUUUUGGAACUUUGUCACCUUAUGUAGUGAGUUCUUCCAAAAUAUAAUUUUUCCAAUAAUUGUCAAGUUGUUGGCUUUUAUUGUACUGAAUGAAGGUUAAAAUACUGAAUGCCAGAGAAGUGCAGUUUAGAAAAAUCUCAGGUUGAUUCCUUAUGCAAACAAACUUAAUACUUGAAAAUUUCACGGCCAUGGCAGUAUCCAUAUUGGGUUCUAUCUAGAUUAUCAGAAUCCAAAAACAUUACAGGAGUAAAUUGUUUGCUAAUUAACAUGCAGAUUCUAUCACUGACAUAGUGCACUUAGAUUUGGUUAAUGUUUGAGCAUAAAUAUAUUUCAUACACAAUUUUCUAAAACAACUUCUGUAAUUGGCAAAAUGAGUACGUGCAUGGUUAAAAACAGGUGGAACUUCCUGUUUUUAAUUUGAGAGUGGGAAGUAGUGUUUGGUACAUAAGAAAUAGACCUAAGACAGUACCAGAUGGGUCAUGGAGUUUGAGUGUGAGAAUCAGUGAGAAUAGGCGUGUCUCUGCUCUGUGGGACUUAGAUAAAUCCUUUGGCAGAAGAGUGAAUGAAAGGAUUCCUGUCAAAGCCAGACCUCUACUAACCUUGAAUGUCUUUUUAAAGCAGAGAUGAAAUGGAUGAGGGUAUAGUCGUGGUAGAGUGGUAUUUCUAAAGCUUAGUACUUGGAAGCAUUGUAAAAAACCAUAAACAUUAUACAAACUCCUAACAGUGUAGUGACUGAGCACUUUGAUUUAGUUGGAGCCCAAUUCUGUUCAAAAAUCUUUGAAAAUUUUUUUUUUUUCAGAGACUAAAAAUUAUUGUCCCACAGUGCUAUUGCCCGUCCUACAAGGGACUUGGAAUGCAAACUUCUUCACUCUUAAAUCUGAAAUUGUCCUCACAGAGGUUGCUUCGGCGGUGUGGAGUUGGGUUUUUUUCCCCUCUCCUAUUGCUGUCAUUCUAGCAAUCUGUUGAGUUAAAACCUGGGAUUUGACUGUUCAGCAGGUAGCAAAUGACUAGUAGUAACUCAGGGACAACAACUUCUGAACUUCUUGUUAAGUGCCACUGUAAUUUAGUUACUUGGGAAUAAUCAUGUGGUUCUUUAGGAUAGAUCAGGGGCAGUAGAAAGCCAGGAGUAAAUUCCUCUCUCCUCAUGCUCUUUCCAACCUGAUUCCCUGACCUUGCUACAUGCAAAACACAGACUUAGAUGUUAGGACUUACUUUCCUCUGUCAGAGAUGUCAUCUGUGCCUUUCCAAGUGUUCAUCUGACAAUGUGAAUUUUAAAUGCCUCUACAUUUGAUAUGAAACUCAUGCUCAGGUGGCACUACACCAGGUGGCUUUUGUUCCACCAAUGCCUCAUUAGUGUGAGGCAAUUCUCUGCUUUAGGAAAAGUCCCAUCCCCCUCUUCCCCAACCUGUGCCAACCACAAAGAACAUUACAUAGUCCUUUAGGUUAUAGAACUAUUGGCUGUUACUUAAAUUUAUUCCAAGUUCUUGUAGAGGCUUCUCAAUUUCAGCCUGUGUUUAUAAUGGCAUGAUCUCAGUGGCUUUAUGGCCUCUUGAGUUAAAAUCCAUGAGGUUGAUUUCCUUGUCACUAAAAGGUAAUGUCUAUGAGGUUAUUCUUCUAGUUCCGUGAUCACUUGGGUGUCACAGUAUCUUUUAAUGGCCUUCAUUCCCAGUUAUAAAAUUUUAUUUAUAUGCUCAUUCACCUUCUACAAAUCUGCCCACUUUGGGUUGUGGUGCCUGUGUAUCUUUGUCUGGUCUCCAGUUGGUGGAAUUACCUUUUUUGUACUGCCACUUCUCAACAUCUUUGAAAUUUGACAUAAUGUUGCUUCAUUCCAGUUUUUUGUUUUGUUUUGGUUUUUUAGUUCUGUAAUUUGUUGACUGUAUUUAACUAUGUGAGUUUUGUUGUGAUGUUUACUGUAUUGUAAAGCACCUUAAUCAUGUGAUGGGUGCUAUAUAAAUCAAUAAAUGAUGACUUAGAGGCUGUA